AUGUCUGACGGCGGCGAUAUCGAGGUCGAGAGCGUGGGCAACUACGAUGUCCUCCCCAAGGACGUUGUCAAGGAGGUCGGCAACGUCAAGCUCUUCAACAAGUGGGAUUACGAUGUUGAGGUCCGGGACAUCUCUCUGACUGACUACAUCUCCCUCCGCAACCCCGUCUAUGUCACCCACUCCGCUGGCCGCUAUGCCGUCAAGCGCUUCCGCAAGGCCAACUGCCCCAUCAUUGAGCGUCUCACCAACUCCCUCAUGAUGCACGGCCGCAACAACGGAAAGAAGCUCAUGGCUGUCCGCAUCGUUGCCCACGCCUUCGAGAUCAUCCACUUGAUGACCGACCAGAACCCCAUCCAGAUCGCCGUCGACGCCAUCGUCAACUGCGGUCCCCGCGAAGACUCCACCCGUAUCGGUUCCGCCGGUACCGUCCGUCGCCAGGCCGUCGAUGUCUCCCCCCUCCGCCGCGUCAACCAGGCUAUCUCCCUCCUCACCACCGGUGCCCGUGAGGCCUCCUUCCGCAACGUCAAGUCCAUCGCCGAGUGCCUUGCCGAGGAGCUCAUCAACGCCGCCAAGGGCUCCAGCAACUCCUACGCCAUCAAGAAGAAGGACGAGCUCGAGCGUGUCGCCAAGUCCAACCGGUAA